AUGGGUGUUUGUUGUAGUUGUUGGGGAUCCCGAAACAAGGACGGCAAAUUUGCUCCCUUAUUGCUUGCAGAGAAUGAACGAGAAGCCAUCUCUGCUUUAUUACAAUAUUUGGAGAAUAGAAGUGAUGUUGAUUUCUUUUCCAAUGGACCCUUGAAGGCUUUACUGACUUUGGUGUAUUCUGAUAAUAUUGAUUUACAAAGAAGUGCAGCUCUUGCCUUUGCAGAGAUAACGGAGAAAGAUGUCCGAGAAGUCAAUAGAGAUGUUCUAGAACCUAUUUUGAUCUUGCUUCAACUGACCGAUUUUGAAGUUCAACGUAAUGCUUGUGGAGCAUUAGGAAAUUUGGCAGUUAAUAAUGAAAAUAAGGUUCUUAUAGUUGAAAUGGGAGGUUUAGAACCGCUAAUCAAACAAAUGAUGCUGACAAAUAUUGAAGUCCAAUGUAAUGCAGUUGGAUGUAUUACCAAUUUGGCAACACAAGACGACAACAAGUCAAAAAUUGCCAAAUCAGGAGCUUUAAUCCCAUUAACCAAAUUAGCCAAAUCAAAAGAUAUAAGAGUUCAAAGAAAUGCCACUGGUGCACUUUUAAAUAUGACUCAUUCAUUUGAAAAUAGACAAGAAUUGGUUAAUGCUGGUGCUGUACCUGUUUUGGUAUCCUUAUUAUCAGCUACAGAUACUGAUGUCCAAUAUUAUUGUACCACAGCACUAUCAAAUAUUGCUGUUGAUGAUACCAAUAGAAAGAAAUUGGCAUCAACUGAACCCAAAUUGGUUAGUCAAUUGGUUUCAUUAAUGAAUUCUCCAUCCCCAAGAGUUCAAUGUCAAGCCACAUUAGCUUUAAGAAAUUUGGCUCUGGAUUCAGGUUAUCAAGUUGAAAUCGUAAGAGCUGGUGGAUUACCUCAUUUGGUUCAAUUAUUAACAUGUAAUCAUCAACCUUUGGUAUUGGCAGCAGUGGCUUGUAUCAGAAAUAUUUCCAUUCAUCCAUUAAAUGAAGCAUUGAUCAUAGAAGCAGGAUUCUUAAAACCUUUAGUGGAUUUAUUAGAUUAUAAAGAUCUGGAAGAAAUCCAAUGUCAUGCAGUUUCCACCUUAAGAAAUUUGGCUGCUUCUUCAGAAAAGAAUAGAACAGCUUUAAUGGCUGCUGGAGCCGUUGAAAAAUGUAAAGAAUUGGUCUUAAGUGCUCCACUUUCAGUUCAACUGGAAAUAUCUGCAUGCUUUGCAAUUUUGGCACUUGCAGAUGAUUUAAAACCCAAAUUAUAUGAAAGUCAUAUAAUUGAUGUCUUAAUUCCUUUAACUUUCACAGAUAAUGGAGAAGUUUGUGGCAAUUCAGCUGCUGCUUUAGCAAACUUAUGUUCAAGAGUUUCAAAUGAACAUAAACACUAUAUAUUGGAAAACUGGAAUGAACCACAAGAUGGAAUAUUUGGAUUUUUGAAACGAUUCUUACAAAGUGGAUCAGCAACCUUUGAACAUAUUGCUUUGUGGACUAUUUUGCAAUUAUUAGAAUCAAAUAAUAACGAAAUCAACGCAUUAAUUAAAGAUAAUGAAGAAAUUCUUUCAGGGAUAAAAGAAUUGAGUGAACAAAAUACCAUGAAUCAAUCUGCUACCCAAACAAGAGAUGAUCAAUAUGAAGAUCCAAAAGUUGAAUUGUUUAACUUGACAGAACAAAUCUUGCAAAUUUUGGGUUAG